UGGACAGGGCUGUUGUAGCUGUCUCGCUCUGAAGAGCUUUUGGUUGCGUGCUUUUUUGGAGCUCGGCCCCAAAGCGGGCAGCGCAGCCAAACGAGCAGCAGCUGAGUUAACGGCGCACACUCUUACGCGUUAGAACAUCGGGGCCGCUAAAUUUGUGACCGAGACGGAGCGGCAAUACCCCGACGUUUGCACAAUAUUUUUUUUUUUCGUAGAUUUCUCGGUUAAAAGUUCAAAGCAAAGUGAAGCGAAGCGACAAUAAAAACACACGCGCCGCAGAAAAAAGGUAAAAUAAAGACAACAACAGCAACAACAACAAAAGCGAAAAGAAAGCAGCAGCAGAGGCAGCUUGAAAAUCAAUCGCCCAGCAGCAACAGCAACAACAACAAGUUUUUAGUUGUUUUCUUUUGUGUGCGCCGUUCGUGUACAUAUGUUUGCCUGGUCUACGCUUUGCGCGCAACAUUUAUUCUCGGUUUUGUAUUUUGUUUUGCACAUUUUAUCAAGCCAAACCACCUCCAAAAAAGCGCAAAACUAGCUGUGCUCAUUGCAAGGCGACAAUCAGCGAAAGCAACUGUAAUAUUAAAAGCUCGACUUUUACACAACUUGCAUGCAGCUGAAGCUUACGAAGGGUAGGCAGUGGAGGCUGCUACAGCGACAACAACAACAGCAGCAACAGCAACCGUAAUAAGAAGAACAAGCGCGAGAUCUCAACUUGGCCCAUUGUCCAGCUGCAGCGAAGCAUAGCCUGCGCGACGUCGCCUUCAUGACGAUGGCCAUGGCACCGACCACAGCUGCUUCCGCCACCAGCACCGCCACCCCCAAAAGCCCAACACCCACACCGACCCCCAAGCUGGCCAAGUUCAAAUCCUCAUCGCUGGACCAUGAGAUCUACACGGCAAAUAGACGCAGCACCAUUGCCACCGCGGCCAGCGAGUGGAAAACUUUGCGAGCUCCGCUCAAUGGCAGAUCCGUGCAUAUGGGCAGCGGCGGCAGUACCGGAGCGGGGCCAGGGGCCAUUGCUGGCCACAUGACGCGCGCCGCCUCAACCUCAUCGCUGGCGAGCAGCACACGCACCAUGACCAACUAUCAGGAGUACAAAAUGGAAAUUAUUAAUCAGGGCAAGUGUCUGUGUGGGCAGUACAUCAGAGCGCGACUGCGACGUGCCGGGGUACUCAAUCGGAAGGUGAUACAAAGGCUACGCAACAUAUUGGAGCCAUCGUCACAUGUGGUCUAUGAGGUGUUUCCAGCGCUCAAUAGCAUGGGCGAGGAACUGGAACGCAUGCAUCCGCGCGUCUACACGAACGUCUCUAGGCAGCUGUCACGUGCGCCUUUUGGUGAACUGGAGGACAGCGAUAUGGCGCCCAUGCUUCUCAAUCUGGUGGCCAAGGAUCUCUUUCGGUCGAGCAUCACCUGGGGCAAAAUUAUCUCGAUAUUUUCCGUCUGCGGCGGUUUUGCCAUUGACUGUGUCCGCCAGGGCCACUAUGACUACUUGCAGACCCUGGUUGACGGACUUGCUGAGAUUAUUGAGGACGAUCUGGUCUACUGGCUAAUCGACAAUGGCGGCUGGCUGGGAUUACAGAAGCAUAUAAGGCCGCAUGUCGGUGAAUUCACAUUUCUGGGCUGGCUGACGCUGUUUGUGACCAUUUCGGCUGGCGCCUAUGUCGUUUCAAAUGUUUGUAAACGUAUUGGCUGUCAAUUGUAUUCAUUGUUAUUUUAAUUUCGGGUCGUUUUUAGUUAUAAUUGUACCCCGUAGUCAGUGAGAUAAACUUGCAAUCAUUCCUGCUUAAAGUCGUUUAAUAGCUUGUAAAGAGAUCUGUUUAAUGUUUGAUAUGAUAUCGAUAUUGAUACUUGUUAUAUUGUUUUUGUACAUAUGCCUAACUUAGUGCCAAUCACAUAGAGCAAAUAAAUUACAUAAAGAAAACUAA